UUGACGUUCGUUAUGUCAAACGAUCAACCAAAUAUUAUUAGUUUUGGUGAUGAUGAUAUUCAGUUGAGCGGAGAAACUGCGUUGUUGUUAGAAAAACUGAUCGAACUUAAAGGAGAAUGUUUUAUCAACAUAUUUAUCGACUGUGGAAUUAAUGUUGAAAGUCUACAGUACAUGACCACUGAACAUUUGAACACAAUUUGUCCAUCCCAUAAUUUUGGUCAACGUAUUAUCUUUGAACAUAACUUGAAAAAAUGGCAGGAACAAAUUGAUACCUAUAGCAGCUCUACAAAUUCAAUUAAAUCUGUUUCACGUAGUUCAAGCUCGUCAUCAGCAUCUAUAGAUACAAAUAUGUUUGAUAUAGAAAGCAUUCUGAAGAAAUCACCCAAAGGAAAUAUAGUGCUAAGUUAUUUUAAUAAAAAUAAUAUACUGUCUGAAGCUUGUAGAAAAAAUAUUGUUGAAACUAUUGUUGAGCACUUAAUUGAAAAUAAAAUACAUGCUUCUCCGAAAUGCAUGGACAAUAUUGCUGAUAGUAUUGUUCAAUUUUUCAAUGAAGUAAAGGAAGCAUAUUUUAUAAACGUGCCAAAGAAAAAACCUAAAGGUAUGUUGUAUCAAAAAUACCACAAUACAAUUACUAAGUUAAAACGACAAGACCUCUGGGAAAAACAUGCUAAAUCAAAUUUGAAUAAUAGUGACAGAUCAUCAUUUGAUAAAUCUGUUUUAAAUUCUCCUUUGACUAUUGAAACUGAUGAUUCUACAAUAUUGAGUUUGAAGAGAUGGCUUCAAUUUAAUGUCGACCUUAUAGAUGAAGUUCUGACCAAAUGGAAACAAACAAUUGAACAUAGACAAAAAUUUCUUGCAUUAAAUAGUAUUGAAAUAACUGAUAUAUUAGAACAUUGGCCUAUAUAUAAACAAUCUUAUGCUCAUCAAUUGAUUGAUAUUGAUUUUGAGUUCAUUUAUCCUGGUAAAGGUAACCAUCUAUUUGAUACUUGGAGCACUUUUGUACAAAAAAUAAUACCUUUUAUGACAGUUAACAUAAAAGAUGGAUAUAGUAAAGAUCUUCUUAAACAGAUGCUUGAGCUUCCAGAAUCUGAUUUAGGUAUUAUUUGCUAAUUAAAAUUUUAAUAGAUAUCUAAACUAGUUAUAAAUAAAAUUAUAUGUACAUUGUACACAGAAUAGAUUAAAUUUAAAAAGUAAUCAAUUCUGUGGUAUAUUCUUUCUGUAGUGACAACUAGGUAUACACAGUUACAAAUGUUAUUCCACAUUUGAAGUACA